AUGACGAGCACGGAGGCACACAACCUCACCGAGCAGUGCGACUGGUUCAACGAGGAGAACCGAACUGAGCCGCGCGUAACCGGCCAGCUGGACUCGGCUGGCUGCCUCUUUCUGUCCAUAAUACCCAACGGAGACGCGAUUCCAGUGCUGAUAUGCAUCUUAGUGCUGCUGACCAUCUUCUCGUUUCUGGUUAACGGGGUCGCUCUGUUCGGGAUCGGGCGGUCCGAGGACCUGUACUGGGAGCCGCGCUGUGCUUUCCUCAAGAACCUGAUUCUGAGCGACCUCAUGCAGACUGUCAGCAUCAGCCCGGCGGUCAUCCACUCGUUAGUCCAGCGCCGGACGAUGGAGUUCAGCACCUGGUGUUACGUGCAGUACUUCACAGGAACCGCCAGCAUUUUCUCCAGCCUCGUCACCAUCACCUGCAUGGCGCUGGAGCGCUACUUGUACGUGUGCCACGCCAUCCACUACCUGGUCAUCGUCACUGAGGUGCGUCUGCGGCACACCCUGAGCCUCAUCUGGGUCUUCUCCAUCUCCAUCAGCACCGUCACCAUGGUGCUGCUGCACACGGGCCAAGGGCACAAGACCGAACGGGCCACCAAGGGGCUUCUGUGCGAGCCGGACGUGGUGGAGCAGCACAUGGGAUUCCCCCGCGCCUCAGCAGUUUUUCGCAAACUCGUGGGCUCCUGCACUCUGCUGCUGUGCCUGUUCGUCUACGCCUUCUCUUACUGGAGGAUGUACCGGGCUGCGCGCAACGCAGUGAUCCCGUUCAACACGGUCAACACCACGGCGCGUAAAACCGUGCUGUUCCACUGCGGCAUGCUGUUCCUGCAGCUGCUGCCGCUGCUCAUAAAGAUCACCUCGGACGCGGUGUGGGAGGUGGAGGGCACCGUGGCUAUGGUGGCGCUGUCCUCUCAAGACCAGGGCGCCAGCAGCACGAUGUUGACCCCCUCGACCACGGCGGCCAGGCUCCACAUGUCCCUGCUGGUCAUGCUCAUCGUGCCGCCUUGCAUCAACCCGCUGGUGUACGUGCUGAAGACCGCGGAGCUCAGGCGGGCGCUGCUGAGACCGUUCCGGCAGUGGAUGCGGAAGAGGGGCGUGGGUGUGCGCGAAGUGGAGGGGAUGAGGUUCAGAGAAGUUGUACAUCAAAACCGAGUUCAGGCGGGUUAG